AUGUCGAGGACGAGGUGCCGCAAAUGUACAAGUUGUGCGGCUGUAAAGGGACCUCUAAUUCGUAGUAGAGGCGCAUUGAAAUUGUACAAUGUUGGUGUACCAUGGGAGAGGAUAGCAAUUGACGUUGCGGGGCCGUUUCCGGAAAGAGAAAGUGGUAACAAGUAUUUCAUGGUUGUGAUGGAUUACUUCACUAAGUGGCCAGAAGUCUUCGCCAUUCCAAAUCAAGAAGCUUCAACAGUUGCAGUUAAACUAGUUCAUGAAGUCUUCUGUCGUUUUGGAGUACCCUUUGAGAUUCACAGCGAUCAAGGAAGGAAUUUCGAGUCUCAAAUAUUCCAGGAAACUUGCAGAGUUAUGGGUACUCAUAAAACACGAACAACUUCUUACCACCCACAAUCUGAUGGAAUGGUAGAACGAUUUAAUCAGAUAUUGGAAAGGUACCUGGCAAAAAUUGUGGAAAAACGGCAACGAGACUGGGACAGGUACAUACAACCGUUUUUGUUGUCAUAUCGAAGCGCUGUUCACGAAAGUACAUCAGUGACGCCAGCUUUCGCAAACUUUGGGAGAGAAUUACGGCUGCCUGCAGACCUGAUCACCGGAAUACCACCUGAUGCCCCACGUAGUAUAACCGAUAUGCAAAUGACUUGCGGAACAAAAUGA